GUGACGAGAGACGGCGGGUGGGCGGCUGACAUUGCUGAGCCUGCGAGCUGGGAAAUGUCGGCAGUGCUGCUGUUGCAUCACCUGAGGAAGAAGCGGUGGCAGGAGGAGGCAGAGGGGGAGGAGAAGGAGCCGCCCCACAGGCAGAAGAUGAAAAUAGACACAGCACCUCCCGUGCCCGGCGACUGUGCGGGUCCAGCAAGCAAGCGGAGUAGAGCACGGGAUACUUCCACUGAAGCUGCGAGAAGAACAGUCGUGCACCAACUGUUUGACGCCAGCACCUCGGUUAUGUACACCGUCCACGAGACUGCUGAUGAAGAGAGCGGGAAGAGCACCAAUGGGACAUCCAGUUUGAGCAGCAGGAGCGAGAGCUGCACCCUGACGACCAAUGCCCCCUCCAUGAAUAACUGCCCUCCGUGUUCGAGAAGCAGGCAGCCAGCGAGUGUGGCCAGUGUGAUGGACCGUGCCCCAGCCAGACUGAGCCAUCCGCUGUGUGGGGGCAAUAGAAUCUGUGGAGUGAACCAGUUGCAUAACAAGAAAAUUCAAACCACAAUCAAACCCAAAGUUAGAACAGUUGGUAUUCAGGUGGCGUUUGGAGAAAAAAAACUGCUUGCUUCUCAGGAGACUCAAACUGAUUGGACGUUCCAACCGUCAUUCCCAGUGCAGGAUUACUCAUGUUCUCUGCAAACUUAAAUCAUUGAUGCAGUUUAAGCUUUGUAAAUGUCUCAGAUUUGUUAAUGAACAGAUACUUUUCCCAGAGUUCCCAGUUGUUUGUACAUUUUACUCUUUUGUCAGUUGCACAAAAGAACCCGACAGGUGUGUGGCCUUCUGGUUCACCCCUACCUGGAUGAAGAUGCAGCUCGUGCACCCCAGACAUUGGUUGACAUCAUUGUAAUAGUAAUUGUCUAGGUUAGUUGCAGGUGUGAAUUGUGUGAAGAAGUUGGACAGGUCCGAACAUUUUCAGUUAUACUUUAAAAAAAAAUGCGAGUUUUCCUCUGGGAAAUGUUUUUGUUAGCUUUAGGGGAACAAGAGGAAUUUGCACAGUACUAUGUACUGCCAAAGGACUCAUUUACAAUAAAGAGCCGAACACUCUGAACAGGUGGGAUAGCAUUUCUGGAACAAGAAAGGGUUAACAUUUCACGGUCCUAGACUUUAUAUAUCAAAACUGACUGACAAAGCUCCCAAAGUUACCGAAAACAGUUAACACCUGUUUACACCCGAACCAUGCACAGUUUGGGGUGGGCGUGUCCUUUUGAUGUGAUUGCGGAAUAUUUGUAAACGGGAGUACUCAGCAGAAAUGGGGAAAACACCCCAGUGACCAAGUGUUGCUGUUCUCCAGGAGGGCACCCUCUUGAUGUCCAUGUGCUGCUUGUUAUGGGUGGUGUUUUCUGCUGCUGUUGAAGAGAAUGCAAAGAAACAUUUUUCAGACUUUAUUCUAACGUAAGCAGGUUCCAGCUAAAUUUGAUCAAUGUUUUGGAUGAACACCAUGACUAAGCCCUUACUGUCUUCCAGGAUAAAGUAUUCAGAAGAUUCUCCCCCUCUAAAAAACCUAUACUUUUAGAGAUCCAGCACAUAACAGGUCAUUAUGGCCCAAUAAGCCUGUACUGCCCAAUUACACCUAAAUUUCUCCUUGGUUCAGACCCAAAUGGCCUAUCCCUUGUUCUAAGAUCGAUUUAUGGACCUAAACUUCUCAGCCAGAGAAACAUCAUCCCUUCAUCUAGCCUGUCAACCCCUUUAAGCUUUUAAUGUUUCAAUUCUUCCAAGUUCUAAAGAAUUUAGUCUUGGAUUACUCGAUCACUCUUCAACACAGCAAGCUAGCCACUCCUGGAACCAAUCCAGUGAAACUUCGGUACACUUGCUCUUUGGUAAGUCGAUCUCUCUCAGGCAAUGAGAUCAAAUCUGUAUACAAUCUGUCAGAUACAGUCUCAACAGGGAGUUCACUCUCUCUGAAUGGUAUUGUGAAGUCCCCAGCGUGCAGUCAAGGGGUAGCGGGAGCCUUGGUUUAACAUCUUGCUCAAAUGACUGCACCUUCCUGAACAAUGAUGAGACAAAAACUGUCUCAAAGGCAAAGCUGACAUCUUAUUUACAGGCUGUCUAGUGAUUAUAUUACUGCCAGGUAUGGCUGUUAUUACUUAUCUACUUUUUUUCCUAUUGGAUUUGGUUACUUUUAUCUCUAGAUGCAGAAGAGACGAGAGAACUAUUCUCUACUAAACUUUUCUGUGAAAAUCAAUGUGUGAUAUACGUAUAGCUGACUAUAUGUAAGAGUUUGGUUUUGCAUGAUUUUUGAUUAAAUAUUUUUAAUUUGUUUGAUCAAUAUAAA